AUGAUCCCUCCGAGCGGCGCCCGCGAGGACGGCGUGGACGGGCUGCCCAAGGAGGCGGCGAGCGCCGAGCAGCCACCCUCGCCUGCAUCCACCAGCAGCCAGGAAUCCAAGCUCCAGAAACUAAAACGAUCACUUUCUUUCAAGACCAAGAGUUUACGGAGCAAAAGUGCUGACAACUUCUUCCAGCGAACCAACAGCGAGGCGAAGCUGCAGGCAGACAUGCUGGCCGAGGUCAGCCCCAGCUCCAGCCCACUCCCUGCUCCCGGAAGCCUGACAUCCACACCCACCAGGGCUGGCCUGCCCCCAGGCAGCGGCAAGGCCCAUGCCUUCCAGGAACACAUCUUCAAGAAGCCCACUUUCUGCGAUGUCUGCAAUCACAUGAUAGUGG